AUGAGUAUCUUCACCUACGAUGGGUUCGUCGCUUUGCAUCGGUCGUUGGACGAGACUUUCUUCGGGUUAGACAAGGAGGAGGAGGAAGACGAGUCGGAUUUGACGGAGGCGUUCAAGGUGUUCGACGAGGACGGUGACGGGUUUAUUUCGGCGAAAGAAUUGCAGGCGGUGUUGUGGAAACUGGGAUUGCCGGAAGGAAAAGAUAUCGGUAGAGUUGAGCAGAUGAUCUGUUCCGUUGACCAAAACCAUGAUGGGCGUGUCGAUUUCUUCGAGUUCAAGCACAUGAUGCAGGGCGUUGUGGUCCGCAGCUCUUGA